ACUCCGUCCCACCAAUCUAUACUCCGUAGCAGUAAAGCCCACGGAGUUACAACGGCCAUAUUACUAGGACAUAGAGCUAGUACCCUAUCUAGUCACCGAUCUAUGACCUUAUUGGCUAGACCCGACCGCGCCAUAUUGACCUGGCGGCCGCCAGUGGAGACCAAGGUUGCUAGCAGCCAAGCUCCGCGACAAUCCAUUCUAGCAUAUAUACUCGAAUAUAAAAGACUACGAAAUAGACACAUUCCCCCCAAUUCAUAUCCCACAACAACCUCAAACAACUAAAUUCCACAAUUACUAAACUAGACGCCACAAUGGCAACCACCUACGCCAAAGACCAACCCGCCGACUUUCAAAACGAGAUCCGGCACGUCGCUAUCAUCGGCGCCGGAGGUUCCGUCGGCAAACCCAUCACCCAAGCACUCCUCAAAACAGGAAAGCACACCAUAACCGCCCUAACUCGCGCCAACAGCCUGACCACCUUACCCAACACCAUCCACACCAUCCCAGUCAACUACGACGACGAGCCGAGCCUUGUAAGCGCCCUUACCGGCCAGGAUGCGCUCAUCAUCACCCUACCCGUGAUGACGGCCCCGGAUACACAAUCCAAGAUCGUGCAAGCUGCCGCAAAAGCCGGGGUCAAGUAUAUCAUGCCGAAUGUGUGGGGGUGCGACGUCACGGAUGAUGCGUUGGCGAAAGACAUCCCGAACUGGGAUAACGUUCGUGGGAUUUUCGAUGAGAUCGAGAAGACGGGCGUCUCGUCAUGGAUUGCGCUUAUCUGUGGGUUUUGGUAUGAGCAUAGUCUCUGUCUGGGGCCGGGCGGGUUUGGGUUUGAUUUUGCAGCAAAGAAGUUGGUGUUGUUUGAUGAUGGGGAAACAAAGAUUAAUAUUAGUACACAUGAGCAGUGUGGGAGGGCUGUGGCGAGGUUGUUGAGUUUGAAGGUGUUGCCGGAGGAUAAGAGUGAUGGGAGUCUGACAUUGAGUCGCUGGUUGAAUAAGCCGGUGUUUAUCUCGAGCUUUUUGAUCAGUCAGAAGGAUAUGUUUGAGAGUUGGAAGCGGGUUACUGGUGAGACGGAGGAGGAUUGGACGGUUGUCCAUGAGUCCAGCAGUGAGAGAUAUAAGAAGGGGCUGGAGCGGAUGAGGAAAGGAGAACAUGCUGCUUUUGUGCAGGCUAUGUACUCUCGUGUCUUCUUUCCCAAUGGAGGUGGGGACUAUGAGUAUAAAUAUGGUCUGGCUAAUGAGGCCCUUGGUCUUUCUGAGGAGGGUUUGGAUGAGCAUACCAAGAAUGCUAAGGGUAUGGUUGAUCGGGGAUAUCAUUAUAUGACAAACCGGAACUGAGACCACCGUGUUUAAUUUUCAUUACAACGUUGCCCACCAGCAGAAGAAGGGGCUUAGGAUGACGCAGAUAAUCUGUGAUUGUGAAUUUGUUGCGUUCUUUCCUUAGAAUAAUGAGUUUGAUGUUGUCAAUAUGAGGCUUUGCCAGAUAUUUUUGAUUACAGAUAGCCACCUUUUAAGGUGUAGUGAACAGUACGGUUGGAUUGAAACUCGAACAAACCAACUCGCUCUAGAGUCUAGCAACACAGCUGAAAGUCUUUAUAUACCUAUCCAUAUCACGUAUCAAUCCGCGACGGAAGGUGUCUUUGUCGGUAAUCUUCCUCUUGGUUUUCUUCAAGCGAUGUUCCACCUUUGUACCAUUCUUCUGCAGGAAUGGUGAGCGUGAAAACAGAACCUUCAACACCCGUAAGUAUUUACAAAACGAUAUAAUUGUUAUAUGCCGUUCCCAUAGUCAGUCCAAUCCAGACACUCUUCGGCUU